GCAGGAUGGGGAGUGUGUGCUUGUGCUGAGGAUGGAGAAGAAAGUGUGUGUGAUCCAGACUGACUUCCACCAGUGCCGUCCCAUCAUCGCCAUCCACAGCAAGCCGUUGGCACACGUUCAUCCAUUGCAGCCCAGAGCUCAGGCAGCGAUGAGGGACCGAGACGAGCUGAAGAAAGCCAUCGAGCAGACCGAUCGCCUGCUGUCCCGCGUCCGGCAGCUGGAGGGGGAAAACUCAGAGCUGUGCAAGGAGAAACAUGAGGCGUUCGUCCGGAUGUGUGCUGAGCAGGAGAGCCUCCAGCGGGCCGAGCGGCGCUGUGAGCAUCUGGAGGCACAGGUGGUGGGACUUGAGGAGCGUCUGGAGGAGGAGGAGGGCGCCGCCGCUCAGCUGGCCUCCCAGCGUCAGAGACUGGAGGCCGAGUGCUGUGGUCUGCGCCGAGACCUGGAGGAGCUGGAGAACACACUGACUUCAGUGGAGAAGGACAAGCAGUCAUCAGACUCUGUCGUGAGGAAGCUCUCUGAGGAUCUUGCCCAGAAGAACGACCUGGUUCAGAAGCUGCUGAAAGAAAAGGAGCACCUGGUGGAGUUGAGCCAGCAGGCCAUCGAAGACUUACAGUGUGAGGAAGAGAAGGUGAACCUCCUGACCAAAGAGAAAGCCAAGCUAAAGCUGCAGGCGGAGGAUCUGGAGUAUCUGCUGGAGCAGGAGCGGAAACAGAGGACGGAUUUGGAGAAGAGCCGGCGGAGGCUGGAGGGAGACGGCAGGAACGGCAUGGACAACCUGACUGAGAUGGGCAAGAUGAGGGCCAGUCUGGAGGAGAUGAUCAGGAGGAAAGAUGUGGAGAUAAGCACCACCAGCAACCGUCUGGAGGCCGAGGAGGCGCUGAACGCAGGCCUGCAGAGGAAGAAUAAGGAGUUCCAGGUCCGCAUUGAAGAGCUGGAGGAAGAACUGGAGGGAGAGAGAGGCUUACGGGCCAAGGUGGAGAAGCAGCGAGCGGAUCUGAGCCGUGAACUGGACGACCUGACGGACCGACUGGAGGAAGCAGGAGGAGCCACGGCCUCUCAGAUGGAGAUGAAUAAGAAGCGUGAGCUGGAGCUGCAGCGGCUGCGGCGGGAGCUGGACGAGUCGGCGGUGCAGGCGGAAGCGAUGGCGGCGGCGCUGCGGAAGCGGCACAGCGACGCUCUGUCUGAGCUGGGAGAGCAGUGCGAGAGUCUGCAGAGAACCAGAGCCAAACUGGAGAAAGAGAAACAGAGUCUGCGGCUGGAGGUGGACGACCUGGCGGCUUCACUCGACACGCUGCAGAAAGCCAAGGCAUCGACUGACACACAGCUGAGGAAACUGGAGGAGAUGCUGUGUGACGCCAACGCCAGGAACGAAGAGCUGCAGAAGACCGUCAGUGAGGUCACUGCCACCAAGAACAGACUCACAGCUGAAAACAAUGAGCUUGUGAGGCAGAUGGAGGAGGUGGAGAACAAGGGCAGCCAUCUGAGCCGAACCAAAACCCUGCUGAUGUCCCAACAUGAGGACCUCAAGAAACAGUUUGAUGAAGAGGUCAAGGCUAAAGCGGCGUUGAGCAGCAGUCUGUCUGCGGUGCGGCAGGAGUGUGACGUGCUGAAGGAGCAGCUGGAGGAGGAGCAGGAGAGCAAACAGGAGCUGCAGCGGCUUGUCUCCAAACUCAACAGUGAGGUCACGCACUGGAGGAGCCGCCACGAGGCCGACGCCAUCCAGCACUGCGACGAGCUGGAGGAAGCCAAGAAGAAGCUGUCGGCGCGGCUGCAGGAGGCGGAGGAGGCGGUGGAGGCCACACAAGCCAAGUGCUCCAGCCUGGAGAAAACCAAGCAGAGGCUGCAGGGAGAGGUGGAGGAGCUGAGUGUGGAUCUGGAGAAGGCCAAUAAUGUGGCAGCAGUGCUGGAUAAGAAGCAGAGGAUGCUGGACAAGCAGCUGAGCGACUGGAGGCAGAAGUGUGAGGAGCUGCUGUCGGAGGUGGAGAGCUGUCAGAAGGAGAGCCGACAGCACGGCGCAGAGCUCUUCAAGAUCAAAACGGCCUACGAGGAGUCGGUGGAGCAGAGCGAGGCUCUACGCCGCGAAAACAAGGCCUUCCAGGAGGAGAUCGCCGAUCUUACCGACCAGCUCUCAGAUGGAGGGAAGAGCGUCCAUGAGCUUCAGAAAAUGAAGAAGAAAAUUGAGAUGGAGAAGGAAGAGCUGCAGGCGUCACUCGAGGAGUCUGAGGCAGCGCUAGAGGCCGAGGAGACGAAGGUUCUGCGUCUGCAGCUGGAGGUGUCUCAGGCGAGAGCAGACAUGGAGCGCAGACUGCAGGAGAAGGAGGAGGAGACGGAGGCCGCCAGGAAGAGCCACCAGAGGGCGCUGGAGUCGCUGCAGGCCAGUCUGGACGUGGAGGUGAAGGCGCGGGCGGAGGCGGCGCGACUCAAGAAGAAGAUGGAGGGUGAUCAGAGCGAGCUGGAGCUUCAGGUGGAGCAGCUGAACAAGAGCAACGCGGAGCUGAUGAAGAACGUGAAGAAGAUGCAGCAGCAGAUCAAGGAGCUGCAGGGUCAGCUGGAGGAGGAGACGCGUGUGCAGGAGCAGCUGAAGGAGGAGCAGACGCUGCUGGAGCGCCGCUGCACCCUGCUGGUCACCGAGGGAGAGGAGAGUCGCGCCGCGCUGGACGCCGCCGAGAGGAUCCGCAAGAGCCUGGAGACGGAGCUGCACGAGACCAACGACAAAUACAACCAGCUGGACGGACAGCUGCAGUCUGUGUCCAGCGGCAAGAGGAAGCUGGAGGUGGACAUUCAGCAGCUGAUGCAGGAGCACGAGGAGCUGCAGACUGAACUGAGAUCAGCCAACGACAAGGCCAAGAAAUCAGCCUGUGAGGCGGCGCGUGUGGCGGAGGAGCUGCGUGUGGAGCAGGAGCACGUCACACACCUGGAGCGCAUCAAGAAGAGCCUGGAGCAGCAGAUCAGAGACACCAGCAGCAGGCUGGAGGAGGCCGAGCAGACCGCCAUGAAGGGAGGCAAGAAGAUCCUGCAGAAGCUGGAGGCCCGGGUGAAGGAGCUGGAGCUGGAGCUGGACGCCGAGCAGAAGAGACACGGCGAGACGGUGAAGAACCUGCGCAAGAACGAGCGGCGUCUGAAGGAGCUGCUCUUCCAGACGGAGGAGGACCAGAAGAACCAGCAGAGGAUGCAGGAGCUGGUGGAGAGACUCCAGAUGAAGAUGAGAGCCUACAAGAGACAAGUGGAGGAGGCGGAGGAGCAGGCCAACGUGAACCUGGCCAAGUACAGGAAGACGGUUCAUGAGCUGGACGACGCAGAAGAGCGAGCCGACAUCGCCGAGUCUGCGCUCACCAAGAUCAGGACCAAGAGCCGCAGCAGCUUCGGCAAGGGCUACUCCUCAGGUUACAGCACUCCCUAUCCAGGCCUCGUGAGGUCGCCCGGGUCUGUGGGGUCAGAGGGCAGAGGUGAGAAGGUCAUGGAUGACGACGAGUCCGUCAGCUCUCUCAUUCCCACGUACUUGAACUCCAUCAAGAAACUGAUGAUCGAUUAGAUUUGUCAAACUUCUAUCCAGCUUCUUUUUUUCUAAACACAUAAUCUUUUUCUCACAACACAUUUGUGUUCAGUAUUACAUUUGAUAUCAAGAAACGGGUACAACUGUUUGUAAUGUUGCCGUAAUUUUCUUGAUUACAUGAUUUUUAUUUUGUAAGGAUCGAGUGUUUCAUUGAUUUUGUCCAAAAGCACAUUUAUAGCCAUUUAAACAGGGCCAGCUUCAGUUAUACAAAAACGAGAUAAAUCAGCAUCUGGUUUAAUCAAAGUUUACAUUCAUUUUGACAUUUAUGGAAGUUUGUUUCUGCCACGGAAUAAAAACAUUAAAAAGGUAACUGAAUUGUGAGUUUAUAUCUCACAAUUUUGAGGGAUAAUGUCAGAAUUCCCGAGAUAUAAACUCACAAGUCAGAAUUGCGAGAUAAAAAGUUGAGCUACACUUUAUUUUAAGGUGUUCUUGUUACAGUAAUAAAUUCACAGCAUGUACUUACUAUAUAGGCUACAGGUUAGUUGCAUGUAAUUAUGCAUAAUUCACUGUUAUUACUACAGUAAACACAUGUAAUAUGUGCAACAAAGACACUAAAAUAAAGUGUUACCAAAAGCCGUGGCAGAAACCAGAUUCCAUAGAAAUUAGAUUGAAUAUCCUGAAUGCAUAUAUGGUACAUUCAGCAUAUACACCGUAUUAUUAUUCCCUUGCUCAUGUUUGCAUUAGUUUUGUAUUUAUUGAGAUAGCAUCUGAUGAUGACAGCUACAUAAAUAGAGCAAACAAUAAAUCCUAUUUAGUAAAACAUUACAUUUAACGUCAUUUAUAUUACAGAAAACGUAAUAAAUGGAUAAUAUUCAGCAGUUAUUCUUCAUUUACAUCCUUGUUUAAUAGAACAUGUACAUCAGUAAUGGAGAUCCGCCGAAUGCGUAAGCUGGUACCUUGAAUGAAUUCCAGUUUAAACAUCUGAAAAAUCAUUUAGAAAAGAUGUUAACUGACUUUAAUAUAAAAAUAAGCAUUGUGCAGAAUCAUAUCAAUAUAUUAUCGUUUGGGGGAAACAAUAUUAAUGACUGUUUGAGACUUCUGUAUAUCUGAACGAAUGAACGAACAGGAAAUAAAACUGCUCACAUGUGA